CUGGUAAUCGCGAAAGGUAUACACAGUCGACCUCCUGUAAAAGUUUCAUCUCCGCGGAUAUCUUCACGUGCUUUUUCGUGUAUCGUGGACCCAGUGGAAAGUAUCAAAAAGGUGUGCAAGGUGUGGCUGACAAGCACUGUAUUGUUCGUUGUUCUGUCGUACAAGCAACGUGAAAACAGACGCAAGAACGUACCACUCUGACGAGCAGCAGGUUCUCCAUCUGCCAUGUUAGCUAAACUCGUCACUUUUCUGGAACGAAGCAUAUAACAACGUUGCCAACAGCAAGACUUAAGAAGCCGAUUUGGAAAUUUGGAAACCUAGCGCGAAUAAGAUAAGAGUCUCGUAUCGAAGACACCUUUGAGUCUUGCAGAGAAGCUCCAUUAACGACCAACAAGUUGCUUCACGUCCUUCGUUGCACUAGCUGGCACGUGGCUGUCCAUUAACGUCACCCGGAAACCCAUCAAGCAGCCACCAUUUUUAUUUCCACGGUUUAUUCAGGGUACGCUCGAGACGAUCGCAAAGCAACGAAAGAUUCUUCUUCGCGAUCUCGCUAAAAGCAUCGUGACGAAAAUACGCUUGUCGAAAGAUAACAUCUCGAAAGUAAUUAAUCCACGUGGCAAACAAGUAAUCUUCGCGGCACGGUUGUUCGUCUGAAGUCAACGAGAACGUCAUCAUCGCUAUUUCUUCGCUGCAUCGGUUGAAAGUUUCAACUUCUUUCUGGAGAAAAAGAAGGAUUACGUUACGUAACAUUUGAAAAUUAUUGCUACGGCAGUGAAACAGAGAAGGAUUCAGGUAUUAAUCAAAAUUCGAAUUUAAUACGUGACCAAAUACGGGACGAUUCUACGAGGUAAACCGAGUCACAUUUUGCUCAUCAACACUGAGUGGCUCCAAUUGACGGGUCGGGUCGACCCUCCAGCGUAGACACUAUUGGUCAGCCUUUUAAUACCAACGGUCGCGAUUGGAUCGGAUAGUCGGUUCGUUCUUAGACAGAAGACAUAGCCGGAGCAUUCGGUUAAAAACUUUUAACGUCGUCAGUGUCGCGCAAUUUACAGUCCCACACGUUGUCGUUGUCGUCGUCGUUGUUCGUAAGGGUAGAGAGACCAACCAAACAGACAUUCGCUCGUCUGAUUUAUCUCAGUCGGUUUGAAGUCGGUCAACGCUAACAGCGAGCCUCGUAAAACGAAAUCAAAAACGACACGUAACAACUGAAAGGAAGCGAUUUUAUCAGGAAGUCGACGCUGCUGAUACACCGGAGGCGCUCACGCGAUCAAUUUCAGAAGAGGAUUUGCAUCGUCGGAGGUUCAUUGAAAAAGCUUCGUCGUAAACAACAACUUUACUCGUCGGCGAUAAUUCGAACGCCAAGUGAAUGGCUCAAAUCUACUGGUUACUGCUCUUUGAAAGAUCUUGAUCUUGAUGGUGAUCGUCGUCGGGAAACGUGGAAAACUAGCUUCUGGAGAGUUUCGAAAAGGAAGCGAAUCGACAUCCGCGUGAUAAGUUCCUAGUUUCCACGAAUCCGAGCAAAAAGAAUCGUCCUUUGGAGAUCUUCACGAAGGAUUCGUUUUCCGGAAGGACGAAAGAAGUUUGGGAAACGCCGAAGAGCAAAACGAGUGUCUCACUUGGUCAAACGGCAACGAAGCCUCGUUUUUUCCUCCACGAUUAAGUUUAUCUUUCUGUCGGCACCAUGGAACGAAGGAUUCUGAAAAUGUGGUGACGACGUGACAGGCGAAGGCCUUCGAUUACUAAGACACUAUCGAGUGUGUGAGCCAUAGUCGUUAGACAGCAAUCGAGAUAUAUUUUACGUGUCCAGUGACACUCGUUCGGAGCAACGACAUUGUUUAAACUAUUUCCUUCUCGAGGCUGCUUUCUCGUGGAUAUAGUACGUCAGAUUCAGUCCGCAAUUAAACACGAUUCGGUUGAAAAUUGUAUUCGAUCGAGUUUGAUAAAGGGAUCGAUCAUAGUUUGGAAAGGACUCGAUAAGGACAACAGACGUUCGCGAAGCGACGUGCCAAGUACCGUUGUCCUUUCGCGUAGCUGGAAAAUUUGCUAAGGAGCAAUAGUAACAAAAUGCGUUGCAGUCAAGGUGUGGCGAUGGUAUUCGAGGACGCGUUCGUCGUCUUUUCGCGUUUUUUGUCCCUAAAGUCACGGGGUUGUGCACUAUUGGAAACGCAUCGGCAACGCGAGACAACUGGCAUCAAGAAAUUGUACAACAGCUUCUUCGUGAUGUUCUAAGGAUAACUGUUGCCCGAGGAAAGUCGGCCCUUUAACUGGCGGUGAUCGAGUGAUGCGCCGUGCACUCCCGGGACACCUUCGUGGAUCCUUCCUGAAGGAAACUAACGAGGAGAACGCACGAAGCAAGGUGAACGUUUUGCUUCCGAAGGAAAGAUAAAACACAGGAUACGAAGGGACCGAGAAACAUCGUUAAUUUCAGAAUGCAGACUAGACUUUAGGACAGUUUAAAGAAAAAUCUCGAUAGUUUUUCGCCGUGGACAAUUUGCUAACUAGCUUCAAUUUAUCGCCCACGAUUCGGGAAUCGGCUGUCAAAGCCUUUUCCAGAGAAUCUUCGAGCACUCGAGCGACAAAAGGAAAGAAUUUGGAUCAGGAUCAAAGCAAUUUGAUAUCUAAAGGCCGGUAUAACGGAGCAGAUAAACUUGUCCGAGUGCUUUGAGAUUUAGGAUCGUUGAAUGGAGCUCCAAUUCAUUAUGGACGGUAGUGCAGACUCUUUGAACGGGACCAUAUGGUUUCAAAACACACCGUCGCCUCCGUACGAGCAACUGUCUCCUGUUCGACAGAAUAGAUGCGACCCCCUCGCUUCUCAACAUGCGUCAAUGGGAUAUCACAGUCCACAAAAUUCUUUCUGGCAGGACAAAUACGGUUCACCAAAGGAUUCCCCCGAGGACGGUGUUCAGCUACGGUCCAGCAACGAGUCCCUUCAACAUUUCAGGCCAUCUUCCGACGAUGCUGCUACAACCACUCCAAAUUGUCAGCAACAGAGCAGUCUGAAACGUCGAGCCGCUGAACCGUUGUCACAUAUUACCAAGCUCGAGAAGAAGCAUGCUAGACAAGAUGGAUCUGUCGGGAGUAAUAGUUCCGGACAAGGUUGGUCCAACCAAGUGGAGGAACUGGCAGAACACCUUGCUACCGAAUUCGAUGGAUCCCUAUCGGCUCUGGCAGCAAACGAUCUCGCAACAGCGGUUGCUUCCUACAACAUGAGCGAAGCCUUGCUCGCUUUGCCAUCGUUGACUGUCUUCAAGCAAGAAGCACCAUCGCCGGAAAACCAGCAAAAUUCUAAUUUGAACCACGUGUCUCAGAGAACGAUUAGUUCAACACCAGCAAACAACGGAAACAGCCCCGCUGAGGAUGAUAGCAACAACAAUGGGCAAACAACGGCCAAUUUUCAUCAGUUGCUCUACUCCUCGAACGAAGAGUACCCUCCAACAUCGUCUUCGGGGAAUCACGUGUCCUCUUCUCAACACGGAAACGAGCUGAACGAGGAUUGUCGUUUUCAAUACGUGCUUGCCGCCGCCACGAGCAUCGCAACGAAAGUGAACGAGGAGACGCUCACCUAUUUGAACCAAGGUCAAUCGUACGAGAUUAAACUGAAGAAAUUGGGCGAUCUAUCUGCGUACCGCGGGAAAAUUCUGAAGGAACACGCGACCUUUCUGUUUCAGUCGACGAUCCGCAUAUGCUUCCAUGAAAGGAGACUUCAGUAUACCGAACGGGAACAGAUGCUCGCAUGGCAACGCGCUAGACCAGGUGAAAGAUUGCUCGAGGUCGACGUUCCUCUCAGUUAUGGAAUGGUGGACGUUUGUCAACCGUCCCCGUCCAAUAACAGCGUGGAAUUUAUGUGGGAUCCCACUAAGGAAGUCGGUGUUUAUAUAAAGGUGAACUGUAUUAGCACCGAAUUCACGCCAAAAAAGCAUGGCGGAGAAAAAGGUGUACCGUUUCGAAUCCAAGUGGAAACACGAUUACCAGGUGGUCCUCGUCUGCACGCUGCUUCUUGCCAAGUGAAAGUAUUUAAAUUGAAGGGAGCUGAUCGCAAACAUAAGCAGGAUCGAGACAAGAUACUUCGACGACCGCCACACGAACAGGACAAGUAUCAGCCUAGCUACGAUUGCACGGUCCUUUCCGACAUUCCUUUAGACUCCUUAUCGCCGUCCAGUUUGAUCAAUCAAAACGGAGGCAGCCCUUACGCUUCCACGGAGGCAAUAUCACCCCAAACUCGCUCCACUAUUAGCGGCAAUACCUCGCCGGUAGCAGCACCGUUGGCACUUUCAAUUUCCAAUUCCGGUAUCGUCCCAGUGGUUCCUGCCUCCGAUGCCGUCAAGGAAAAUAUAGGAAACAUAGCCCCAGCUCUACCAUCGCCUGCAGCUAUUUUACCGGACCAGUCCUGCAUCGACACCGAAGGAUCAUCUUGUUUGACUCAGUUGUCACCGGACGCAAGUGCGGCACAAACGACCACGUGGCUUCGUGCAGGUCGUUUCGGUGCUUUCGAAUCAACAUUUGCGAGCUUCUCCGCUUCGGACAUCUUACGACUCUCCCGAGACGACCUGAUCCAAAUUUGCGGCCUAGCCGACGGAAUACGAUUGUUCAACGCGUUGCACUCGAAGCCGCCAACUCCAAAACUCACGUUGUAUUUCUCGUUGGAAGACAGUGGUUCGCUUUGGAGAGUCGCCUACCUAGAAAGUUUCACCAGCAGCGCCUUGAUGAACAAAUUACUGAACGCUUUGAGCUUACCUCACGAUCGACUGCAUUCUGUACUUUUCCUUGGUCCCCAAGGUAUCCACGUGUUGGUGACCGACGAACUGGUAGCGAACAUGAAGGACGAGAGCAUGUACUUCGUCGAAACUAUCAAAGAUAACGCGACUGAACGCUACAAGCUGCUCCUAAAGCCUUCGUCGCGUUCCUAAAAAGGUACAUCCGCUAAUAAGUUAAUUAAAAAAUUGAGUAAUUACUUCCAUAAUUGCAAAAUUGCCAAAUAUAUCUGUGAUUCGAUAGGACGUUACGCUUUCAGCGUUAGAGCAUAUUUUUUCAGAGCGGAGGUAUGAGAUUAUAAAUAGGAUUUACUAACAAUUUUAAAGAAAUAGCAACAACUCGAAUGAAUUGUGUGAAUAUUUAUUGCAAUGUGAUGGAAAUUAUGUAAUGUUAGCUGUUAUAAAUAUUAAAUAAAUAAACAAGUACGCUUUUACGAUUGAGAUAACAAAUGAUUAGGUAUUGGUACAUUAUGUACGAUGUCUUGAUAAGUUGCAUUUUGUACAAUUUUAUACUUACUACGAUCGGAAUGCGACAGUAUUAUCUAAAAUUUGUCUUAUAGAAGACUUAGGUAGAGCGUAUCGUUCCUUCGAGGAGCAAACUUUGUCGAGGCAAAGAUAAAAGUAAUAAGAAUAGAGUACCAAAGGAUUCUGUUCUUUGAUUAGUGAAAUAUACAUCCUUCAGGAAGGACGUUAGGUGCCUUCUCCUUUUUUUGUUAAUAGCAAAAUAUUAGGAGUUAUUUUUUAAGUGCUUGACAAUUAGAAAUAAUUAUUUUGCCAAGAAAAGAAGCAUAUUUUAUUCCAUAGUACAAACCGAAAGAAAGGUCAAUGUUUCUUUACACGUCUUCGAAGAUCGUGAAAAAUAGUAUUAUGAUUUAUUACCAAAAGCUGAAGAAUUUUUAGGUAGAAGGUUUUUUUUUUAAAGAACCUGUUAAUCUCAAACGUUGGUAACAAUUCCGUAUGAUACAGCUACCAAUAUUGUUCUGUAUUUUACGUGGAAUGAAGCGUAUCUUUACGUCUAAAUUGAUGUAACAUCACAAUGCUCAAUGCGAUACGAAACGCGUUCCGACUUUGUUUUCUUUAACUCUGUAUAACAAUUAGUUAAUGGUAUACGUGAGGGAACUGUUUAUUCUUACGUAUUUUAAUCUAGAUGUAAUAUAAAAAUUAAGUAAAACUCGGUCAAACUGCAUGCUCUUCUGUUAUACUCCGAUAGAGGAAUUCCACGAGUGUCAUGUAUCGUCAGGAAACGGCACAACAAAUAUUCUCUGAUGCCAAAAUGUAUAAUCAUUAUGUUUACAAGGAACACGAAAAAAUAAAUAAAAUCUAGCCUUUUA